AUGGGCACAGAUCCAGUGUAUCCCAGAUUCCCUUUCGCUCGCCCGAGUGGUGAUGAGCCACCCGCAGAGUUUCACCGUCUUCUCAGAGAACGUCCCCUUUCCCGCGUGGAACUCUGGGACGGAAGCCAUCCAUGGUUGGUGGUAAAGCAUAGGGACGUCUGCGAAGUCCUUACGGACCCCAGACUAUCCAAGGUUCGUCAGCGAGAGGGCUUUCCGGAAAUGUCCCCUGGUGGAAAGGCAGCUGCCAAAAACCGGCCCACAUUUGUUGAUAUGGAUCCUCCUGACCAUAUGUACCAGAGGAGCAUGGUCAACGCCUUUUUCACUGAUGAAUAUGUGCAGUCUUGUCUUCCCUUCAUUCGAGACACUGUUCAGCAUUAUCUGAAUCAGUUGAUUAAGGCAGCUAAAGAUGAAAAAGAAGUCGAUCUCGUGAAGCAUUUUGCUCUGCCAAUUCCCUCCCGAAUCAUCUAUGGCAUGCUCGGUAUACCUCAAGAAGACUUCGAGUACCUAAGCGGUUAUGAUGCGACGCGGACUAAUGGAAGUAGUACUGCCGCUGCUGCUCAAGCAGCCAACAAGAACCUGCUUGAAUACCUGGAGAAGUUGGUCGACAAGAGAACUGCAAACCCCGGCAAAGAUGUCAUAAGCACCCUGGUCAACGAGCAAUUGAAACCAGGACACCUUGAGAAACUUGACGUCGUCCAAAUUGCAUUUCUUCUUUUGGUGGCUGGAAACGCUACCGUCGUAAGCAUGAUUGCCUUGGUAGUGGUAACCUUGCUCGAGCACCCUGAGCAACUAUCGCGGUUGCUGGAAGACCCAUCGCUCUCCAGGCUAUUCGUGGAGGAACUCUGUCGCUUCCACACAGCAUCCGCACUUGCUACACGGCGUGUGGCUACCGUGGACAUCGAACUUCGCGGACAAGUCCGAAGCCCUUUCUCCAUCAAGCCCAUGGCCAAAGCGAACCGUGAUCCAGAGGUCUUCCCAGACCCAGACACCUUUGACAUGUUCCGAAAGCGAGGACCAGAGGAGGCUCUAGGUUUCGGAUACGGUGAUCAUCGCUGCAUCGCGGAAACGCUUGCGCGUGCAGAGCUUGAAACUGUCUUUUCCACUUUAUUCCAAACUUUGCCGAGCCUUAAGCUCGCGGUCCCCAAAUCGGAAAUAGAGUGGACACCUCCCACGAGGGACGUGGGUAUCGUCGGGCUUCCCGUGACUUGGGAUAGGGAUUGA